GCGAAGAGACAUUGCUGUGAUGCACGGGCUCCUGCCAAGCGUCGAGACAGACUCGGCGAUUUCUCCUCGCACGGCGCUGUUUAUCCACCCGAUGCCCGUCCAGUCUGUGCAGGCUGGAAAUAUUCAUUAGACUGAAAACUUAAACACAAUGGGUGGACAUAUAUAAAAGAGUCAAAGAGUUUGCUGGAUCAGGUGAGAGCAUGGCACAGGUAGAGGAGCCUCAAACCCAAGGAGAGGGCAGCCCCCAGAUGAUCUCCUUAAGAUCAGACAUUUCAGGGAACCAUGUGGACGAUGGAGAAGUGGGACCCUCUCUAAGGCGGAAGCGGAGGAAGAAGAAAGACCUGCGUCCAGAGUCCAUCAUCGUUUACCGCUCUGAAAUGGAGAAGGCACCUGGAGAGGACCAAGGUGGUGAGGAAGGAGCAGAGAGGAGCACUGAGGAGGGAGCUAAAUUCCUCUGCACGCCUACAGGCGAGGGUGGAGGCUGGAGCCUUCCUCCAGACAGCCGUUACGUGACCCUGACAGGCACCAUCACCCGGGGCAAGAAGAAGGGUCAGGUGGUGGACAUACAUGUCACUUUGACAGAGAAGGAAAUCAGGGAUCUGGCCAAGUCAAAGGAACGUCUUGAUGCAGAGUGUGAGGCGGGGGAAGGCUCUAAGGGCACCUGCAGCUUAGGUGUGUGCCAGGGACCCCAUGUUGUCCUGUGGAGCAUCUCCUGCGCCCCUGUGAUUUUCCUCCUCUCCUUCAUCACCUCCUUCUACUACGGCACUCUCACCUGGUACAAUGUCUUCCUGGUGUACAAUGAGGAGCGGACAUUCUGGCACAAGAUUACAAUAUGCCCCUUCCUCAUCAUCUUCUACCCCAUGCUCAUCAUGCCCAUGGCGCUGUCUCUGGCUCUCUACUCUGCUGUGGUGCAGGUGUCCUGGGCCUUCAGCGAGUGGUGGCAGGCAGUGCGAGACCUGGAGAAAGGCUUCUGUGGCUGGGCCUGUGGGAAGCUGGGACUGGAGGACUGUUCCCCCUACAGCAUAGUGGAGCUGCUCGACUCUGACACUGUUUCUGGCACUCUGCAGAGCAAGGCGCCCAGUGAACUCGCCCAGACAUCAUCAGUGUGAAACAGGGUGACGCUGAGGUCCAAGGCACAUAUUGAUGAUGGCGUCAAAGUUGCAAGUGCUUUUAAUAAUUUGAUUGAUAUUCAUCACGAGUUUGGGUCCAUCAUAAAAGACAAACAAGUGCCAGAAAGUUCAAUUUAAUCACAGAAAACUGAGCUUAAAGGUUCAUUUCUGACCUUGGAAAUAGUUUGAUGAAAACUCCAUCUACUCUGCUGUGGUGCAGGUGUCCUGGGCCUUCAGCGAGUGGUGGCAGGCAGUGCGAGACCUGGAGAAAGGCUUCUUUGGCUGGGCCACAGAAGCCACUUACUCGACUAAUUGAAGGGUCCACUUACUUGACUAAUUGAGCAAACUCCAUCUGCUGAUGAAGGCCUUGAGAUUUUGCUGAAAGUUCCAGAAGAAACAAAUUCUAAGGAACGUUCGAUAAGAAUUUAUUGUCAAAAUAAGAGAGAAGUAUUUUUAAACUACUCAACUAUGCUUUUCUGUAAAGGAUAACUUAUUAAACACUGCCUGAACUGUCCUAAGGGGCUGAACUAUUGUUACAAAGUUGUAAAGCACUGAACUCUGAGCCAGGGAGUGGAUAUUAUGGGUAAUUUUUUACUUACAGGUUGUUAUGGUCAUCACAGCUCCCAUCAGAGCAUUAAAUUGCCUCCAGUAAUUAUAGAAAAGCACUGCGACUCAAAGAUCUUCUUAUACAUUCAGUAUAGACCUUGAAUCCUACAGUUUUCAUAAACUGGCUGUGGACACUGAUAGACGCUUUAUUGGAGGCCUCCAAGUUAAAUCAAGUUUCACUUCAUCUGUAAAUAUCUGUAAUUAAAUGUAUGUGAUCACUGUGCCGUGCACUGACAUCAAAAACAGCAUGCAUUUCAAAGGAAACUCCGUUUUGUAUGUGAAGUUGUACUUGAAACAAGGCUGGAGUACCAACUUGGAAAAUUGGACAUUAUUGGGCAACUGCUCCAGUGCCACAGAUCCGGGUUUAAUGUGUGUCAGUUUCUUUGGGAAUUUGAUUAAUUACUAAUUUAAUUGGGAAUAUGCACCACUGAGCACAACACUGAUUAAAACAAUAAGCAUCUGAACAUGGUCAAAUGCCUUGUUGAGGGAUUCUGUGUCAGCAUCGAGUUUUUAAAGGACAAGGCUGUUGUUACUCUGUAUUUUUCUUGCUGUCAACCAAACCCACGAAUGUAGAUCUCAAAAUAAUCUACAGAGUGCGUGUUUAGGGUAAUGAAGGAACCCAGUGCACCAGUGUGGCUCAUUGUUGUGUUUUAUAAAAAUUUGGAGAACAAUGACAGUCUAUGACACAGAGGAAUUAGCAACAUCAGUCUUUUCAUAGGAUUUAUUGACAAUAAGAAAAAAAUAUAGAUUAUUCCAAGCCCUAUCCUUUAAAACGUGUAUUAUUCCCUAUGAUAUUAUGCUAACGGUGCAUAUUAACAGAUUUGUGUUUCAUCCAAUCAUCUCAAACAUUCUGAAACACAUUAAAACUUGUGGGUAGAAAGUAUCCUAACAUGUUAGUACUUGUUGGUUUCUGGGCCUCUAAACUAAUUAUAAUUAAGCUGCCAUGUGUAGUGUGCUUGGAGUCUACUGAGUACAUAAACAAUGCACAGAGAGUAGGAGGAAGAGAAGUAGGAGAUAUUUUUGCCACAGGGCCCUCUAGGGAGUUAACUCAGCCAUGAUUUGAAGCCAUAGUCAGGGCAAGCUGACAAAUCAAGUAUUUCUAUGGUGAAUUUGUGUUUGUUUUUUGUUUUUUUCAAUGUCAUGUUUUCAUACGUUCAAGACACCAUCAAACAGAUGUUUGUGAUCUUAAACUACUUGUGCUGUCUUCACAGGUUUGGUCCACACAUGAGUAAAAUGAAGUUCUCUGUAAUUUUCUAUCUGAGAAUUCCUGUUACAUAUCAACACAUUCAUCUUUUAGAUGUUGCUUUAAUUUAUUUUAAAUAUUGAAGUCUAGUACACUUUCUGAAAUUCCUGUAGCAAGGUGUUUUAUACUCUGGCAAUUUGACAUAAAUGUAUUGCAAACUGCUACCAUGAACUGAUUGAAACACAUAUGUAGUGUUUCAACAUAGAUUGAAACACUACAUACCCACACACACAUGGGGGUUGGUUUAAAUAGAUCAGACGGUUUAAAUAUUUGUUGAUUCAAAUGUUUAUAAUUAGACUUAAUUUAACUUUACUUUCUUACAGGCAAAGACAUGAAUCAGUGGUUGUGGAUUGAAUCUGUAUUCCACAUUAGGCUACAUGUUGAGAAUCCACAAUAUGCAAAGUGAAGAA